UCCCCGGAGCCGCUUUGUCCCGGGUGACGGCCGCUGAGGUUGCGGCGAGGAGCGGGCGGGAGGCAGAGACCCGCGGACCCACGGAGCCGGAGCCGGAGCCCGGGAGGCGGGGCGCGCCGCGCACGGCCCCACGCCCAGGCCCGCGGGCACCGCGCCCGUCCCCGCGCGCUCUCGGCCCGGCCGCCAGGUGAGCAGUCGCGCCACGCCAGCAGUCGCCGGCUCCGCCGACCGGCCGACCGCCCAGCCGUCGCCUCCGCCUCCACCGACGCAUCGCGGACGACCAGCAGGAAUGAGGGGAGACUCUUAUUUCAUUGGGAUGAGGAGCCUGGGGCAGCGGGGGCACAUCCCGGAAGAUGGAGGACUCUUCCUGCUCUGCUGCAUAGACAGAGACUGGGCUGUGACUCAGUGUUUCACGGAGGAGGCCUUUCAAGCAAUCACAGACUUCACGGACCUCCCGAACUCGCUGUUUGCAUGCAACGUCCACCAGUCGGUGUUUGAAGGGGAUGAGAGCAAGGAAAAAUUUGAGGGUCUGUUCCGGACUUAUGAUGACUGUGUGACGUUCCAGCUAUUUAAGAGUUUCAGACGUGUCCGAAUAAACUUCAGCAAUCCCAAAUCUGCAGCCCGAGCCAGGAUAGAGCUUCAUGAAACCCAGUUCAGAGGGAAAAAAUUAAAACUCUACUUUGCACAGGUUCAGACUCCAGAGACAGACGGAGACAAACUGCAUUUGGCUCCACCACAGCCCGCCAAACAGUUUCUCAUCUCACCCCCUGCCUCUCCUCCUGUCGGCUGGCAGCCCAUCAGCGAUGCCACACCAGUCCUUAACUAUGACCUCCUCUAUGCCGUGGCCAAACUAGGACCAGGAGAGAAGUAUGAGCUCCACGCAGGGACUGAGUCCACCCCAAGUGUCGUCGUGCACGUGUGUGACAGUGACAUCGAGGAAGAAGAGGAUCCAAAGACGUCCCCAAAGCCAAAAAUCAUCCAGACCCGGCGUCCCGGCCCGCCGCCCUCCGUGUCCAACUAAGCUCACUGCUCCACCUCGAAGAGAAUAUCUGUCUCCUCUUUAUCAUGCUUUUCCCCCCCUUGUUGUUUGUUUGUCAAAAAAAAAAAAAUAAUUGCCUUUAAAUCCCUGGGUGUUUGGUUGUUUGAGAUUCCUUCCUUGUAAUCAAGCCUCUCGGACAAAAGGGCUAGGAAAAGGUGAUAUGUUUCCUGAUCAUAUCAUACCCAUCAAGUAUAAUACAUUAUUUAGAAGAUUCUAGGAAAAAAAAGUAGUAUUUUCUUAUUAAACAAGCAGCACAGCCUAACCUUCAUGCUCUCAUGUUGAUCCAAGCCGGAGACAUCAGUGACAAAUAGCACCUGUGUUGUUUGUGAGCCGUUUCAGUCCCAGUCCUGACGUGUGUGCGUUGUUCUUUCCUGGCCACUUAAGUAGGACCAUAAGUAAACUUGACUUUGACUGCAUGAGAUAUUCCUAUCUGGUCUCCUCAGUCCUCUGCAUCCCGACAUUCCCAGGACAUGCAUGAUCACCAGCAUUUAUUUUCAUGAUUUGACGAUAUACUAUAAGUCACAGAUUGUCAGCAUCCAGUCAUGUCCUAUCUAGAUUAGCAAAAUUAUCAGCAUCCUCCAGCUUAACAAGUCUGGGUGUAGUCACUCUUUUGAGUCAAAGACUUCAUAGCUCUGUUAAAAUUCCUGGAGGAAAAACUGAGCUUGGCCCCAAAGACAUCCCUCAGUAGAUUUUGAACACGAUUUCAUUGUAGAAGUUUCCCAGCCUCAUUGGGGAGGCUUGUCCAGGAUGAUAGAGACCGAUUUCAGACAAAUCUAUUUAUCACAAAAGUUUCAUGGUGUCUGAAUGAUUGUUUUUUUCUCUUUGUAUAUUUGUACAAAUGUUUCAGCUGUGCUUUUAAAAAUCUGGAUGUUUUUUAUUUAGGGAUUGUUCAGCCAUUAGCUGCUUUAAAACAUGUGCAUUGCUUAUGAAUGCAUUCAUAUACUAAUACAGGUAAUCUGAUAAUAUUACACUCUAUUAUGGAUAAUGCUGAAUUUUGAAAGGGCACAAAACUUCUCAUGCCAAUAUAUAAAUGAUUAGCCAGCAUCUUUGCGAUGAAGACCAGUUGUUUUUAAAUAAAGCGAAGAAGCAAGUGUCGGUUGCAGACAAUUGGAAUGCAGCUAAAUCAAUGUAGCAGCCACUGAGCAUAUUCAAAGGGAAAGACUGAUAGACAAAUGUAUGCAAGUCCUACUUGUGCAAUGCCAUAUUGCUCAAAAACGUAUUUGUUUUUGUUACAUGUGAUUUUUCUAUUUCUCUAGCCCAAAGUGCAUUAUAGAAGAUACACCUAUAGAACCAUUACCUUCUGCUGUAUGUGCCAGGCCUCAUCUACUCCUGUACAUUCAUGAAUUACUUUAGAUGCAAAUGCCAAUUACAAUGGAGUGGGGAAAUACUUUCAUUACCCAAGCCUCAGAAAAACACACAAGAACAAUAACACAGCCACCUGAUGGAAGGAUUGUUGUGGUUUUUGAUUAAGGUGUAAGUUUCAUCAGAAACUUAAAACAUUAGACUGAUUACUCAGAAACAAAAGUCCGUUCUACUGUGAAUAUAGCAAUAUAGUACUGGCUACAGUACAGGUGAAACUGAGGACAGACAGCAUUGCUUGUAAAAUCCUGAGUUUCCAUAAGAAAAAUGAAGGCUCCUUUGAAAAAUAAAAUCUGAGGAGUAUAUAACAAGCAAAUGCUUUGACUUUCCUUUGCUGUGAAGGUUUUUGGUUUUUCAUGGACAAAUGAAAAGGUUAGAUUUAAUAGUGGAGAAUUCUGCCCUCUAGUGGAAGAAGGUGAGAACUACAGUCCAUUUUGUGCUGAUUCUCUUCUCAAGCGUCAGAAUUUUCAGAAGGCGGGCUCUAGAGAAAUCUGGGUGAGAGAAACUAUUUGGAAAUGACUUUUCAAUGUUUUAAAACAGAUCCAUCAGACAUUUCCAACAAAAUUUAGUAAAAGUUGAAAUGACCAUUGUGUGUCAUCAAAAAAAACCUCAGUGGUGUGUAUGACCCAAGUGGUUAGUCUUGGUGACAUUUAUUGCAAAGUGUCAAUGUUAAUCUGUCUCAGAUCAAGUAGUUCUCUCAUGAGGUUGGGUUUGGGGAGGUGGGGAGAAGCACGUGUCCCAGGAGAGGGAGAAGAAAUGGGGGACUCCUUGAAGGGUUUCGGUGGCACCCUCCGAGCACCAUGAAAGUCACAGUUGCCUCAGCAUCUCCGUGAGCCACAGGAUGCAAACCUCUUCAGCACUAUUUUAAGUUUGAAAAGUUUAAAUAUGGAGGAGGAGGGGGAGGUUGCCACCAACUGAAUCAUUUGUGCACGUGUAUAGCUCAAAGAGCUUAGAUUUCAAAUAUACCUGGUGAAUGACUCUGUC